AUGGCGCCUCACGCAGACAAGGACCCCUCUCCGGUUCGAGGCAACGGAGCCGGGCUACCCAAGGACAAGGACCGGUACCACGCCUCGUCGACCAAGGGCGCCAUCGCCGCCGAGAACGAGUUCGCUGCGCACAACUACCACCCGCUGCCCGUGGUGUUUGCGCGCGCCCAGGGCGUCCACGUGUGGGAUCCCGAGGGCAAGCACUACCUCGACUUUUUGUCGGCCUACAGCGCCGUCAACCAGGGCCACUGCCACCCGGAGCUGGUCAAGGCGCUCACCGAGCAGGCCUCGCGGCUGACGCUGAGCUCGCGCGCCUUCCACAACGAUGUGUUCCCCGUGUGGGCCGAGAAGGUGCGCAGCGUCUUCGGCUACGACAUGGUGCUGCCCAUGAACACGGGUGCCGAGGCCGUCGAGACGGCCAUCAAGAUCGCGCGGAAAUGGGCAUACAAGGUCAAAGGCGUCGCGCCCGGGCGAGCCCUCGUCUUUAGCGCAGCGGAUAACUUCCACGGGCGGACGAUGACGGCCAUCUCCCUCUCCGUCGACCCGGAAUCCCGCGACAACUACGGCCCCUACCUACCCAACGUGGGCGCCGUCAACCCCAGCACAGGCCAGCCCAUCCGCUACGACAACAUAUCCGACCUGGAAGCCGUCCUGGCCACGCACGGCGCCGACACAGCGGCAUUCAUCGUGGAACCAAUCCAAGGCGAGGCGGGCGUUGUGGUGCCCUCGGACACAUACCUGUCCCAGGUCGCCGCGCUCUGCAAGAAACACAACGUCCUCCUGAUCUGCGACGAGAUCCAGACGGGCAUCGCGCGCACGGGCAAAAUGCUCUGCUGCGAGUGGGCGGGCAUCAAACCCGACAUGGUCACUUUGGGUAAGGCCAUCUCGGGCGGGAUGUACCCCGUCAGCUGCGUCCUGGCCAACAAGGAGGUCAUGCUUGUCGUUGAGCCUGGCACGCACGGGUCCACCUACGGCGGAAACCCCCUCGGCUGCGCCGUCUCGAUUCGCGCGCUGGAGCUGGUUGAGGAGGAAGGGCUUGUUGCCAGGGCGGACAGGUUAGGGAGGAUUUUUAGGGAAGGAGUGGAAGCCUUUGGGAGUAAGAUUGUGAAAGUUGUGAGGGGGAAGGGGUUGUUGAAUGCUGUUGUCAUUGAUGAGGAGGCGGCGGGCGGGAGGACGGCGUGGGAUUUGUGCAUGCUUCUAAAGGAGAAGGGUGUGUUGGCGAAACCGACACAUGGCAACAUCAUACGGUUCGCGCCGCCCCUGGUUAUCACCGAGGACGAGCUGCGGAGCGCUAUCGCCAUCAUUGGCGAGGCGUUGAAGGAAUUGCCCACGGCGAUAGUGACGGGUGGGCAUUGA